CACAGAUUCUCUCUGAAUAUUGGUCCUCGGAAACUUCGGCGGAGAUGUUUCCUUCAUCAGAUAACUCUUUCUCAGCAUCAACGCUCUUCUCAGCGUACGCAUCCCUAACCGGAUUCCUGAUGCUCUUCCGAUCAAUGCUCCACGACUUCGUCCCCUCGCAGGUCCGAUCCUACUUCUCCCGCUUGUUCUCACGGCUCCUCACUCCUAAAUCGAAGAACCUCACGGUCGUCAUCGACGAGAAAUUCAGGAACAACAGGAACCAAGUCUUCGACGCGGCGGAGACGUACCUCCGCGACAAGAUCGGCCCGGAGACGGAGCGGGUGCGAGCGGGGAAAACGCCGAAGCAGAAGCACCUGACGAUCGCGAUCGAGAAGGGAGAAGAGAUCUCGGACUCGUUCGAGGGGUCCGAGGUGAAGUGGUGCUACGUCCAGACGGAGAACGACAAGGGGGAGAAAGUUAAAAGGUUCUACGAGCUGACGUUCGAGAAGAAGCUCAGAGAGAAAAUCACGGGGCCUUACCUGAGCCACGUGGUCGCGGCGUCGGAGGAGAUUAGGAAGAGUCUGAGAGUGGUGAAGCUUUACAGCCAAGACGUUGACGAGAGCGACGACGACGACGGGUGCCCUGGCGGGAGCUGGGGAUGCAUAAAUCUCGAGCAUCCUUCGACGUUCGACACGUUGGCGAUGGAUCCGAGCGCGAAGAAGAGGAUCAUCGAUGACUUGGGGAGGUUUCUAAAGAGGAAGGAGUUUUACAAAAGAGUUGGUAAAGCGUGGAAACGAGGUUACUUGCUGUAUGGUCCACCCGGUACAGGUAAGUCAAGUUUGAUCGCAGCGAUGGCUAACCACCUGAAGUUCGACGUGUUUGAUCUCGAGCUUAGUAGUGUCUACGACAAUCGUGAGUUGAAGAGGGUGUUGUUAUCGACCACGAACCGUUCGAUUUUGGUGAUUGAGGAUAUUGACUGCAAUGCUGAGGUUAGAGACAGGGAAGACGAUGAGUCUCGAGAAGAAGACGAAAAAGUUUUGGGGAAGGUGACGUUGUCUGGGAUUCUGAAUCUUAUUGAUGGGUUAUGGUCGAGUUUUGGGGAUGAGAGGAUCAUUGUGUUCACGACUAAUCAUAAAGAGCGGCUUGACCCUGCGUUGCUGCGUCCCGGGAGAAUGGAUAUGCAUAUUCAUAUGUCUUACUGUACGGGUUUAGGAUUUAGGACGUUGGUUUCUAAUUACCUUGGUUUAGAUGGUUCCAACCAUCCUCUAUGUGAAGAAAUCGAGAGGUUGAUAGAUUCUACGGAGGUUACUCCUGCUGAGCUAGCUGAGGAGCUGAUGCAGGACGAUGACACUGAUGCUGUUCUUCGUGGAGUGAUGAGUUUUGUUGAGAAGAGGAAGGUCGAGAGAAGCAAGGCCAAGGAAGAGAUUUCUGUUUGUAAAGAUGUUGUGACUAAGACAAAUGAUGAUGAUACAGAAAAGGCCAACUAAUAGAUUUUAUGAUUU